CUUUGGCGUGUGAACACGUUUCAUUGCCGCUGCAGAUAUUCCGAUUCACGAAAAAGUAGGUACACCGAAAGCAUUUUCUUUCACUAGUUAGGCGGUUUUCUAUAAUUUUAUAUAAAAUAAACUUAGCACAUUGAAACUAUUUUAAAAGGGUUAUAAAACACCGGAUAACAAGUCUAAAGCCAGCGGUUGUAGUAGUGUUUCAACUUACAGACGUUACAGUGAGGAAUAUCUCCCACUGCAUGGUGGCCUGGUUUUUGAGAAGAUUUCUCAGUAUUUAAAAAGAACUGCAAGAUCGGUUAGUCUCGAAUAAACAUUUUUAGAAGGACAAAAAACAUCCGCAUAUUUAGGUCUUUGAAUGCAUGAUUUUCCUUAAAAUACAGCUAAACGCAUUGGCAGUCUUGGCAGGCUACAAUAAAAACGAAUCAACGUUUCGCAAACCAGGAUGAUUGCAUAACCCUACAAAGCACGCAGGGAUCACUCUCCUCUCAUCCUUAUAUAGGGGGCUAAAGUGACGGUUCUAGGGAAGGGGCCCGGAUCCCCACCUUACUUUUAGGGCAACUGGAUUGGAUAAUGGUAAAGAAAUAUCAGCGAUCAGGGCCGUGCGGAAAGAUUUCAAUCGGAUGGCUAGGGAUGAUUACCAGCCCAAGUAAGUAAGUAGAUAAGUAUUGUAUACUAUAAACAGUUGUCUCCUUUUUCCUUUGUAGCAACGAAGAUGAUUACUUUAUCUGUGCUGGUCGUUAUCGUCCUGCUUAAUGACAUCAGAGCUGGUAAGACUGAUCUUCACUAUAUAUGGUCUCAUUUACCAACUAAGAACGUUUCAUGAGUCAUCAAAUUGGAAUUUGAAAAUGUUUGCUUGAGGAGAGGGGAAAUCCUUAGUACUACGCUGGGGAAAAAUCGACCAGAAAAGGGACAUUCUUGUCCCCAGAGCCAUUCGGUUUAGUUUGUAACGAACCACGUGACCAAGAAACGAUGGGCUCUGGGGACGAGAAUGGAAUAAGAGCGAGUAUAUGCGAGUAUCACCAACGAACUGAACACUCCUACGCUACCCCGUUCCCAGGGUUGACGAGAGGGAUAGAACCCGGCGCCUGGGGACGAUGUUGCACUCAUAUUUGCACAUGUUUGCGACAAUUACGACUCCUUCGGGAUUCAAACCCAGGCCACAUUGGUUGAAGGGGAGGGCCGGCUCACCGCUGCGCUAUUCUUAUGCCAACCUUUCUACUCUCAGUGGCCUAUCUACGAGCAGUCUCACGGGCGAUCAAAGGAACCGAGCGAGCGUGAAGUCAUCACCUGCCACACGCAUGGAUAAGCUACGCACAGAAAGCCUCCAUGGCAGGCGUUUGAAGGAAAAGGAGGAAUUAAGGUGGGCGUUGGCUAAAACGCGGCAAGGAAAAUGUGGGACUCAUAUUUCCUUUUUCCCCUUCGGGUGAUGCUUCUUCUUGCGUGAGGCGAUUUCACGCACGCUUUCGCCCGGUUUACCACUAUGGCCUGGGGAAAAGAAAAGACUCCUCGUGGUCUAGUAAUCCAGUGGACCAAUAAGACCUUCAAAGAAACGUAGCUACAGUCAGCCGUCAAGGGCAAGAAGGGCAUAACCACUGAAUUAAACGGGUAGCAUCACUAGACCUCCAGGAGAGAUGGAGGAGUAACAGGACACUUAAUUCCGCGGUUGCUUUCCUGUCAAUUCAUCCCAAACUAUUGUAAAUGCUCUCUUGUUUACAUUUUCACUUAAUUUUUUUGCCAGCAUUUGAGUCUCAUAUUAUCUUUUUCGUGGAUAUAUCUAGCGACCAACCUUUGCGAGGAUCCUGAAGGGUGCGGUGUAUUGUUCAAGCCUCUGGGCUGUUUCAGAGAUAGACGACACGACCGAGCACUUCCUCACUACAUCUACAACGAACGCGACAAAAGUAUUGCCAACUAUGGAGGGCGGCUGAUAGACUGGGUGAAUUGGGAAAACUAUCUCCCUAGAUUCAUCUGUCGCUGUGCCCAGAAAGCAAAGGAACUGGGUUAUGACUUGUUUGGAGUGCAGUUUUAUGGUAACUCAUAGUCUAGCAUGUUCAUAUUUGGAGGAUUACCUUACUCAACUACUCGACAAGCUCUUUGUCGUCUUUAAGCAAAUCUCCGUUGGGAAGGUCCAGGAUUUUGACUGCAGGGGGAGUUCGCCUCAGCUACAUAUAUGUAGCUUGUUUUGCAGAUAAGGAGAGGGUUGGACGAAUACCCAUGUACCAUGUAAAGUUGGUUUCGUCAAAUGAAUUCAAACCUUAUGCUUUCACCACUUCUCUUCCUCGGGCGAUUCGUUUUUGCAGUUUGGUCGCGAAUAAAGGCAAGCGAGAAACGCGAAUGACUGGUGAAGAAGCGCAAGGGUCCAUGGAAAGGAGAAAGAACAGGGGGAAUCUCGCCCGUUUUCUCCUUUCCAUCUUCCUUUGCGCGCAAAUUUACAUUCGCCAUUUGCACAUCUCCCAUAAUACACCUUGUCUACCCCCCAAAAUUUUGCAUAACCUUUGUUUUUCACUUCUCCUGGGUAUUAGAGCCGUCCCAAGAGAAAUUGAAAGCAAUGCUUAAACAAAAUUUUGGGGGCAAACAAGGUGCAUUUUGGGAGAUGUGCAAGUGGCGAAUUGAGAGAGAGACGUCUAGGAACGAGGCAGCUGCUUUCACAACCUUCGGCAGCAGUGGUUACUUUGUUCUGCCGCAGAAGAGCUAAAGCUUUAAACUUAGUUUUUAUUUUUGUGCGUUGGCCUGAAUUUAACUAUGAACCCAACUCCGCUAAAAGAACUAGAGCUACUCCCACACCACAAGCGCAACAUGGCUUCUUUAAAACGAACCCGUUUAUCGUCAAGAUUAUUUGAAGUUUUUUACGUGCCUAAUUCAGGUGAAUGUCACGCUGGCAGCAGUUCGUCGCAUCGUUAUUAUCGUUAUGGUAAAGGGAGAUGUAAGGACUGUAUUGGAACGGACCGCAACGACUGCAACGGAAGGAAAUUCUGUGCAGGACAGGCGCGGCGUAACAUGGUCUACAAAAUUGUUGGUGAGCUAGGUUAACUACAUUUUUACACAAAUAGGCUAGGGUAACAUCGCUUCAAGGGAAAAGUUCUACGUGACUUUUUGUGGUGUUGUUGUAACAUCUGCCUAAAAGUCGAAGGAGAAUCUAUAGCUAUCUAUCUACCUACCUACCUACCCACGUACCUACCCACCCACCCACCUGACUACAGGAGCCCAUAACCAUAUGCAAAAUAGUCAAGACACUUUUGCAAAAGAACAGGUUUUCUUCCUUAAAUGUGCCUCAGCGGAUCCUUACGAUUAGAAGAUAUUUUUCUUCCUCCGAUCUACUCGUUCAUAGUUGUCACCGCAAGUGUUGAAUACCAUCUUGAAUGAUUGGAAUCGUUAUUGAUAUAGGGGGAGGGGUCAGGAAUCAUGCAAAGUCUGAUAAAUAACGAACUCGUUCCCAGGAUCCUCUCCAACAGUUCCCUUCUCUCGCUCCAGGAAACGAGUAGGAGAGGACCCUGGGAACGAGGUUGGAUAAACAACCGGUUCUUGGCUAUUAAAUAAAUGAAUAAAUCAAUAUUUUUUUCCUGAUUCGGCGUGCGAAUUGUUUAGAUCUCUGCAGCGUCAGCUUUGAGAGGAUUGGAUGUUUCAAGGAUAAAACAGACCAGCCACGCCUACUUCCGUCGUAUAUUCUGACCGACAGAGAUGAGCAGAUUCAAAACCCAGUCUUCAGCGGUCAACUUAUUGACUGGAAAAACUGGUACGAGCAUCUCCCGAGUUUCGUGUGCCGCUGUGCACAACAAGCGCAGAAAAAAGGAUGGAGAAUCUUUGGGAUUCAGUACUGGGGUGAGAAUAUUUUACUGAACUAGUAAUAACCGAAGCUUACGGAGUGCGGGCGACAACGCUCGAAGGUCAAAACGCUUUUAUUCCAACGCGGCUGUACUUUGCGUAAAUUCACGUGAUAGAUGGCCAAAACACGCAUGAUCAAAUUACGAGUGAUAGAAGGUCCAAACGCGUGUGAUCAAAAUGUGAUCAGAUUGCCCUCUGUGCAUUCCAUUCAUUCUUAGUGGAAGUCAAAACGAGACUGGCUAUACGUACCGUGCAUGCGUAACAGCCACCCGGAGAUUAGGAUUGCGGGCUCUUCUUAUCGCCCGCAAUUAAGCAGUAAACUAGUAAUAACCAAAGGUUAGGGUGUGCAGGCGAGAACGAUGGAAGGUCUAAACGCUUUUGCUCCAUUGCUGUGCUUUGCGUAAGUUUCACGUGACAGAUGGUCAAAACACGCGUAAUCAAAUUACGUUUUGUGCAUUCUAUUCAUUCUUAGUGAAAGUCCCAACUAAUACUGGCUACAUAUAUGCGACUCAUGCGUAGUAAGAACCUGGAGAUUAGGAUUGCGGGCUCCUCUUGUCGCCCGCAAAAAUGGGACGCCAAACUUAAAUUCAACUUUCUAACCAACCGAAGUCUUACGAAGCUCCCAGUUACAAUUAAUAUGUCGCGGAUCGAAAAGAAAAAAAAUGCAAUGACGAAUACUUACUUACGAAUACUUAAUCCCUAUCUAUAGAUUUAUCCAGCUCUAAAAGCGAUUCUCUCGUUAAUAUCUUUAGUUUACUCAAACAAAAUAUAAAAUCGUGUAAUGCUAAGCGACGACGGCAACAAAAACAGCCAAAAAAAUCAGUAGGUCUAUUUAGCAAAAAAACAAUUUCUUUGCCGUUGUUUUGCGCGGGUGAUUGAAAUGCAAAAUUUCAACCCGGCUUACAUGAAGGGGUAGACGUACGACCGGACGAUUUACCAGUAACGCCUACCUUUUCUCAGAACCAAAAUUUCUUGGAUGCAAGAGUAACUAAAUUUUCUUACCCAUGGUGCUCCGCUAUCAUUUCUUUAUUUAGGUGAGUGUUGGAGUGGAACCGACGAUUCCCCGUUCUUUUUGGAAGGACAUGCGCGACGGGGACAGUGUGCUGACCAGUGCUACAACGAUUGCGGAUGUUCCACUAGGUUUUGUGCAGGAAAAAACUUCACUAACGCUGUUUAUGCCAUAAGUAAGCCUCUUAAAAUGCUCAUAUAA